CUACACAGUUUGUCAAAGAUAGAGGUAAGAAGAUGCCUUCCAAUCCGAGAGAGAGAAAAAAAGAAACAUGCUCCCACUAAAGCUGGUACGCUCUCUGGUCUUGGGAGACACCAUUAACAGCCCUUGCCUUCUGACCCAACAGCAUCCCCAUAAACAAAAUGAGAACGACCACCUUGAUCGAUAUGCCCAUGAUGUCCCUGCCCAUCACAAUCAAACAACAACUACAAGAAGAUGCAAGACCGGCGCUGACAAAGUCACCGGAACAAAGACCCCACUGCUCCUCUUCCUUCCAACCAAAGAGCUCAUCACAGACACUUACAGACUCGCCACCAUAGCCAGAGACAUGGGCAUGGACUUAUACCCCACCCCAUCUCUCUCCCACAUCAUCUUCGCAUACCCAUCUUCAUCAUCAUCCCCAUCAACCUCCUCCUCCUCAUCACCAUCAUCGCCAUUCCCUAUAUCAUGGUCAUCCUCUUCGCUCUCUUCCCACUCCUUGCCAAACGACGCCGUUCCCCUCCCAUUCCCUUCGCUCUCCACAGCCUCUCUCACCCACCUCCGCUCCUUUGCGACACUCUCCAAAGGCCUCUUCAAGCUAGCCUUUAUCAACUCCACCCAUUUCACAAGCAAAGCAACCACUGACAGCACUAGUAACUGGGAUUGUUGCUCAAUCUCUCUAUUUUCCCGGCUCACCGGUGAUCGAAUAGACACCAUGGAUGCCUUUUCUCGGUCUCUGGCAGGAAUGGGCUGGACCCUUUUCAAGACCAAGCAAAACCCAUCUACGGAUUCCGGGGAUAGGCGAGUUUUGGGUGGGAGUUCGGUGUAUUUGUUCAGAAAGGUCGAGUCGAACCGGGUUCGGGCGGGGCGGUUACAUGGGGAUGGUGGGAGUGGUGGGGAGUGUAGAAUUAGGGAGUUGAGGUUGCCCCAAUUGGAUUUUCGGAAUGCCCCUUUGAGGAUUCUGCAGUACAUUCUUCUUAUGACUGAUGAUAUCUUCUAUCUGGCGUGACACCGGGUUUGGAACAAGAAGAAAAGGGUCUAUCUGAAAUUUGGAAGUCAUCUCAUUCCUCCUACUAACGAGUUUUCUUCGUCCACCCCUCGCGCGCGCGCACUUGCAUUUUUCCUUGACACGCUGUGUGGUUCACCAGCUUUAGAUUAACUUUUAUAAUAUCACAUCCAUACUUGUAGAAUGUAUGUAUCUCUCUAUAUAUCUUUUUGUGAUCAUUUCUUCUUUUCCCUCCCGUUUUUGAUUACUUUAUUUUGUAAUAUGUACAACUAAUUUGUUAAUACUUGUAGGGAAAUUAUGAUAAGUCACCGACCUGCUUUUUGCGAUUUUGACUUUAAGACCCAUGUUUCUAAUUUGAUGAUUU